UACAUAGACACCAUAGACACAAAUUUUGAGCUUCUGAGAACAAGUUGUCAUGCGUUAUCUGUAGUUCCCUCUUUUCUUUCCGUUUUCAACAUGCCGCCCAAGAAGGACGCGAAGUCUUCGGCCAAACAACCUCAAAAGACACAAAAGAAGAAGGAAGGUUCCGGUGGCGGUAAAGCCAAAAAGAAGAAGUGGUCCAAAGGAAAAGUCCGCGACAAGUUGAACAACCAGGUGUUGUUUGACAAGCCCACAUAUGAAAAGCUGUACAAGGAAGUACCUCAAUACAAACUGAUCACACCCGCAGUUGUCUCUGAAAGGUUGAAGGUCCGAGGCUCACUCGCCAGGAGGGCUUUGAUUGAACUCAGAGAAAAGGGUUUAAUAAAGCAGGUUGUCCAACACCAUGGACAAGUCAUCUACACGCGCGUGACGAAGGGUGACGACCCUGUCGCUUAAUGGAUAAGUUUUAAAAAAUAAAAGAAAAAAAACAAAA